CGGGUCAUACAAACGCCGCGGUUUCCUCCGCUCGGUUGGUUUCACCGUGGGUCCAGACGGUUCCCCAGGGGUUUGGAGUCCGGAAUUUGCGGCUUUCGGACUGUGAAGACUGCGGAAAGAGGUUUGUAAUCCGGUCGAAUAAGCAUAAUAAAGAAAUAUUAGUCCUCAUGGAAGAAGAGCAAGAUUUACCAGAGCAACCAGUGAAAAAGGCCAAGAUGCAGGAACCAGGAGAACAACCAUUAAGUCAAGCAAGCAACACAGAUGUCAAUGAUCAGAAACCAGAAACAUCAAGCCUUGCUUCAAACCUUCCCAUGUCAGAGGAAAUUAUGACAUGCACCGAUUACAUCCCUCGCUCAUCCAAUGAUUAUACCUCACAAAUGUAUUCUGCAAAAACUUAUGCACAUAUCCUCUCAGUUCCUGUUUCGGAAACAGCUUACCCUGGGCAGACUCAAUACCAGACUCUACAGCAGUCUCAACCCUACACUGUCUACCCUCAGGCGACACAAACAUAUGGACUACCUCCUUUUGGUGCAUUGUGGCCAGGUAUGAAACCUGAAAGUGGUUUAAUUCAGACUCCAUCUCCAAGCCAGCACAGUGUUCUUACCUGCACUACAGGGUUAACCACAAGCCAGCCAAGCCCAGCACAUUAUUCUUAUCCCAUUCAAGCUUCAAGCCCAAAUGCCAGCCUGAUUUCCACUUCACCCACAAUUGCCAAUGUUCCAGCAGCAGCAGUUGCCAGCAUCUCAAACCAGGACUAUCCCACUUACACUAUCCUUGGUCAGAAUCAGUACCAGACCUGCUACCCCAGCUCCAGCUUUGGAGUUACGGGUCAGACUAACAGUGAUGUUGAGAGUACCACAUACCAGGCAGAGAAGCCUAGUGUCAUGGUACCUGCCCCAGCAGCACAGAGACUAUCCUCCGGAGACCCCUCCACAAGCCCAGCUUUGGCCCAGAACACACCAAGUAAAGAUGCUGAUGAUCAAUCCAGGAAAAACAUGACUGGCAAAAACCGAGGCAAGAGGAAAGCUGAUGCCAGCUCUUCUCAGGACAGUGAGCUAGAACGGGUAUUUCUUUGGGACUUGGACGAAACCAUCAUCAUCUUCCAUUCUCUACUUACUGGAUCCUACGCCCAGAAAUAUGGAAAGGACCCAACAGUAGUGAUUGGCUCAGGUUUAACAAUGGAAGAAAUGAUUUUUGAAGUGGCUGAUACACAUCUGUUUUUCAAUGACUUAGAGGAGUGUGACCAGGUGCAUGUGGAAGAUGUGGCUUCUGAUGAUAAUGGCCAGGAUUUGAGCAACUAUAGUUUCUCCACAGAUGGUUUCAGUGGCUCAGGAGGCAGUGGUAGCCAUGGUUCCUCUGUGGGUGUUCAGGGAGGUGUGGACUGGAUGAGGAAACUGGCUUUCCGCUACCGAAAAGUGAGAGAAAUCUAUGAUAAGCAUAAAAGCAACGUGGGUGGCCUCCUCAGUCCCCAGAGAAAGGAAGCCCUGCAGAGAUUAAGAGCAGAAAUUGAAGUUUUGACCGAUUCCUGGUUAGGAACUGCACUAAAAUCCUUGCUUCUCAUUCAGUCCAGGAAGAACUGUGUGAACGUUCUUAUCACUACCACCCAGCUAGUUCCAGCCCUGGCCAAAGUUCUCCUGUAUGGGCUAGGAGAAAUAUUUCCUAUUGAAAACAUCUAUAGUGCUACCAAAAUUGGUAAAGAGAGCUGCUUUGAGAGAAUUGUGUCACGAUUUGGAAAGAAAGUCACAUAUGUAGUGAUUGGAGAUGGACGAGAUGAAGAAAUUGCAGCCAAACAGCACAACAUGCCCUUCUGGAGGAUCACAAACCACGGAGACCUAGUGUCCCUUCACCAGGCUUUGGAGCUUGACUUCCUCUAAGAACUGGAAUGGGGGACUUCCUGUGGGCUCCUUUCUCUCCUGAAGGGAGCCAGAAGCAACUGGGAACUUCCUUACUUUCUCUCCUCUGUCUCUGUCUCUGUCUGGCUGUCUAGCUGUCUCUCCUUCUCUCUCCUCUCCUCUCCUCCCCGCCCUCUCUGGAAUGCUGGCGAGAACACAAUCAAAACCAACAACUGCAACUUUUGCCAAGAGUGAGCACAGCCUGUGUCCAUCCUCACGCACACUAGACAGGACGGGGGGGGUUGGGGGGGGACAUCACCUUUCUGCAGCUGCAGUGCUUUUCAUUCUUCUGUGUUUUGUUUCCAGAAAGGAAAAACACAAAAGGGAAUUCUCGGGGUACGAUUGUACUCAGUCUGCGAGCAAGUGGCACUGCUGCCCCUUGUGGUAAGGGGCAGUGCAGCGGCGUUUGGGAGGCCGUCCCCUACCGUCUUUAGGGGAUGCCGUGUAUAGAGGGGAGGGUCUGCUCUCUGAAGCAGGUUCCCCUGUCCUGUCAAGAAAGAGGCGUGGAGGCUUCCAUACAAACAGUCGCUGAAGGAGCCGAAACCCUCGGUGGCGGCACUUCCUCCUCUGCCCCUCAGCUGGCUCGCUCCAUGGUGGGCACUGGGUACUGGUGAACUUUAGGCUUUGGCACCGCAUCCUAGAGCCUCAGUCCCCCCUCAGUCCCGCUUCCCCUUAAACUACAUGGCACAACCCUGAAACCUCUUUCCUUAGGCAGUAAAUUUGAAGCUGUCUGGUGGACUCUGACUUAGAAACUCCAUCCCAGGAGGCUUAGCCAUCAAACUGGAGACAAGGGACACAGGCUUCUUAGGAUAUUUCAUCCACUUUGGCUCUUGAGACCAGAAGAUUCCAAUUAUUUCUCCUGCAGAGAAGCCCUCUCCUGCCGGACACUCUCCUUCAGCCGCUUCCCGACCCCUCCUGGAUCCCUCCCCGCCCUCAGAGCCUCUCAUCCACUGCACCCGGCUCCAGCUCCAGCCAGGCCCUGCCCAAGCGGGUAAAGAGGUCAACUCAAGCCUAAGCACAAGCUCCUAGCUACUUCCUGGAGGAGGCCCUUCACCUGCAGGGUAUCCUAGGCGGGAAUUUACCCAGAUCUCUGCCAGGAACCUAAUUUCCUAUGGGACACCCUACUUUCAAAUCCCAUUCUAAGGUGGGAAAGCAGAAAGACUUCCUUGAUUUAAAUGAGAGCACUAGUUCUUCUGUUUCAUGUCUGAAAUCCAGAGCCAGGUGCGAGCUCACCCCUCAGCCUGCCCCUGCCAGCUUGGUGUUGGUCCCAGCCCUCAUCCCGCCUCCUAGCCUACCUGUGUUUCUGUGGAUGCCCUCUCUCUCCAGGAUUACCCGCACACCUGCUCAGAAGGUUUGAACUUCCCCAUUGCAGCCUUGGGCCUCAGAAGGAGGUCCUUAAAGCAACCCCCGCUGAAAUCUCAGGUCCUCAAUGCUGUGUACCCAUUCCCACAGAUGUCGAAGCACAAGGCAGCAAGAUUCUUUCCAACACAGGCUCACACAGCUGCUGCCCAGGCUUAGAGCUGGCGGGAAGCACUUCAUGGUCUAAGGUUUAGGAAGAGGCUUCCAUCAUUUAGAUGCCGUGGCCUCUGUUUCCGGAUGGGAGUGCGAGCAGGGAGGGAUUCUGAGGCCAACCUUCCCGGUCUGUCCACAGCUGCUGCCCACAUGCUGCCCUGCCUUGUUGGAAAGCUCUCGGCCCUCCGCUCACUUCCACGGUAGCUGUUGACUUCUGGUCUGGACAGAGGCCCCCCCACUGGGUCUGGGCCUCACCCUGCGCAGGCUGUUCGCCCUAGCAGCCACCCUCUACUCUGGGAGAGUUCUUUAUUCCUAGAGUAUGGCCUUUUCCUCUUACUCUCACUGCCCAGCUUAGCUCUUUCCAAGAGGAAAUUAGACUUGGCCAGUGAGAAGUGGUGAGAAGUUCUGAACGGAGCAGCCUCUGCUCUCUGGCGGCCGCCGUCCUCAUGGAGAGGACAGAUGAGAAGCAGGUCCUUCUAGGUCAUCCUCGCCAAGAGCGAUCGUCCAGGGGUCACUGCCCUUGCUCCCCUCCCCGCCCAAGGACCUGGAAGGGAAGGAAAAGUUGCUGGAGGCUCGGGCCUGAGCCUCCCACAAGGCAGGACCCCUCUUCCCACAAGAGGGAGUGCACUGAAGCUGGCCACAUGGGGACCUGCCCUGCCUGGCACUGUUCCGGAAGGCGAUGGGGCAUCUAGCAGUGGGAGCUGUUUCUGUGGUGGCUCUGGAGGUGGCGUGACUUUCGAAUGUAAAACUAACUGUGCCUUAGCAUCACCCUGUCCGAUGGGGCAGCUGGUGAUGUCCAGGAGAGGGGACCCCUGCUCCACAUUUAGGUGCCCAUUUGGGCUUUUGUUUGAUUUGGGCUGUUUCUGUCUUCUGCCCUGCAAGUUAAGGGGCAAAGCUAGAGUCCCCAUACUUGCCGCUUGUUCAGUUUCCACAGUGUCGGGUAGGAUGUGACGGGCGAACUCAGCUACAGGAUGUGGAGCUUCUAAUUGCACACUACCUUGCCCGGAGAGCGGGGCCACAGAACUGAAGGAACCCCAGGCAGAGCAGGCUCCGGCCGUCCUCCCCCGAGAGCCUGGGCUAGGCCCAGGAGUGGUGAACUUGAGCCCCUCUUUUCCUCCCCAGGGAGCAGUUAGGGCCCCCUCUUGAGCAGGCUUGUUUUCUCCUUAAACUGCUUUUCAUUUUCAUCUGGAAAUUAGAAUUCAGCAGAUACGUAUGUUGAAGAAGCCAAAUCGGAAUUCUGAGAUUCUCAAGUCAUCACAAGUCUAGGUGUGUGGCAGCGUCGAUCAGCAGCUCCGCCCCCCGCCGCGCAGCUGCGCUCCGGCUGCUCCCCACGCACCCGCAGGAGCCAGCCCAUUGAGUUGGCUAAGAUUUCUACUCCACACCCAGCUCUCCCUCUGGACUUCACCUGCCUCUUAGCAGGAAAGGCAUUGGGCAUUGGUCAAAUUGGAUAUAUUUAUGUGACUGCGGGCAUUUGUGGCUGUAGAAUCCUUGACCAUAAUGUUCUAUGUAAUGGGAACUAUCUUAUAAACUUGAAAAAAAUAAAGUUUUUAUUUUCUAUAUAGA